AUGCUGGCUAGGCUGCAGGUCGCUGCUUUGCACUAUAAUGAAAAUGCAAAUAGGGCACAUGCUGCAACGUCUGUUGGGGAGCUGAGGUUCCUCAUCGUCCUGGGCUGCCUCAUCCUGGCAGUGCUCACCACCUUCAAGGAGCACGAGAAGGUGUCAGCCCAUUGGCUCGUGGUCCUGGAGACUGGUGCAAUCUUCAUCUUUGGGCUGGAGUUCGGGCUGAGGCUGUGGGCGGCCGGCUGCUGCUGUCGCUACAAAGGACUGAGAGGAAGACUCAAGUUUAUACGAAAACCACUGUGUAUGCUAGAUAUAUUUGUGUUGCUGGCCUCGGUCCCAGUGGUCGCGGUCCGGAACCAGGGGAAUGUUUUGGCGACGUCGUUGCGGAGCCUCAGGUUCCUGCAGAUUCUCAGAAUGUUACGAAUGGAUCGAAGAGGAGGGACAUGGAAACUACUGGGGUCUGCUAUUUACGCCCACAGCAAGGAGCUGAUCACGGCCUGGUACAUAGGGUUCUUGUCCCUGAUCCUGGCCUCGUUCCUGGUUUAUCUGGUGGAGAAGGAUGACGUUACCAUGGAGACGCCCAACGACAAGUCGGGCACAGUGCAGCCGCGCACCCAGGACUUCGACACCUACGCAGACGCCCUCUGGUGGGGACUGAUCACGCUGACAACCAUCGGAUACGGAGACAAGACCCCAAAGACUGAGACUCCUCUGUUUAUCUUUAAAUCUACUCUAACACUGACUCUGACACUGACUCUGACACUGACUCUGACACUGACUCUGACACUGACACUGACACUGACUCUGACACUGACUCUGACACUGACACUGACUCUGACUCUGACACUGACUCUGACACUGACUCUGACUCUGACUCUGACACUGACUCUGACUCUGACUCUGACACUGACUCUGACACUGACACUGACACUGACACUGACUCUGACACUGACACUGACACUGACACUGACUCUGACUCUGACACUGACUCUGACACUGACACUGACACUGACUCUGACACUGACACUGACUCUGACUCUGACACUGACACUGACUCUGACUCUGACACUGACACUGACACUGACUCUGACACUGACUCUGACACUGACUCUGACCCUGACACUGACUCUGACUCUGACACUGACUCUGACUCUGACACUGACUCUGACUCUGACUCUGACACUGACUCUGACUCUGACUCUGACACUGACACUGACUCUGACUCUGACUCUGACACUGACUCUGACACUGACUCUGACUCUGACUCUGACACUGACUCUGACACUGACACUGACACUGACACUGACUCUGACACUGACACUGACUCUGACUCUGACACUGACUCUGACUCUGACUCUGACACUGACUCUGACUCUGACACUGACUCUGACACUGACACUGACACUGACACUGACUCUGACACUGACACUGACACUGACACUGACUCUGACUCUGACACUGACUCUGACACUGACACUGACACUGACUCUGACACUGACUCUGACUCUGACACUGACACUGACUCUGAUUCUGACACUGACACUGACACUGACUCUGACACUGACUCUGACACUGACUCUGACACUGACUCUGACACUGACACUGACUCUGACACUGACUCUGACUCUGACACUGACUCUGACUCUGACUCUGACACUGACUCUGACUCUGACACUGACACUGACUCUGACUCUGACUCUGACACUGACUCUGACACUGACACUGACAUUGACUCUGACACUGACAUUGACUCUGACACUGACACUGACUCUGACUCUGACACUGACACUGACUCUUACACUGACUCUGACUCUGACUCUGACACUGACACUGACACUGACUCUGACACUGACUCUGACUCUGACACUGACUCUGACUCUGACACUGACACUGACUCUGACACUGACUCUGACUCUGACUCUGACACUGACUCUGACUCUGACUCUGACUCUGACACUGACACUGACUCUGACUCUGACUCUGACUCUGACUCUGACUCUGACACUGACACUGACACUGACACUGACACUGACUCUGACACUGACUUUGACUCUGACACUGACACUGACACUGACUCUGACUCUGACACUGACACUGACACUGACUCUUACACUGACUCAAACACUGACACUGAUCUCUGACUCUGACACUGACUCUGACACACUGACUCUUACACUGACACUGACUCUUACACUGACUCAAACACUGACACUGAUCUCUGACUCUGACACUGACUCUGACACUGACACUGACACUGACAUUGACUCUGACACUGACACUGACAUUGACUCUGACACUGACACUGACUCUGACACUGACUCUGACACUGACACUGACUCUUACACUGACUCUUACACUGACACUGACUCUUACACUGACUCAAACACUGACACUGAUCUCUGA